CUCACUCCCUCAUAAUCUAUCAUAUGGCGAAAACUCGCUCUGCGCUUUCCCGGCGAUCGGCAUAGCAAAGAUACCUACCGUCGGCAGGAUACUAAAGAAAAUUUCUUUGAAGCAGUUGAAAAAGAAAAGGGAAAUCAUAUUUUUUUUCAUCGGGAAUUCAGAGAGAGAAAAAAGCUUCGUUUUUUGAAUUAUUUUCUUGGUGUUAAAGAUUGAGCUCGUUCGGUGAUGCGAUCAAUGGUAUGUUCUGGUGAGAGAGAGAUGGCGAUGGGACCCCAGAGAUCAAAACCUCUUCACAAUUUCGUCCUUCCCUGUUUGAAGUGGGGAAAUCGGAGACAUCUCAGGUGUAUGAAACCCGACGAUGUUUCAAACGCCACCGACUCAUCCGCCGCUACCUCCGUCGAUGUUGAUCAAUACCAGCAUUGUCGUCGUCGCGUCGUUCAAAGGCGCCGAUCUCCCCCGUCGAAUCUUGAGAGUUUGGUGGUUGGUGGAAUGCGGCGGCGCGAAUCGGAGUCGUCGUCGUCUCCCAGCAGAAAGAACACCGAUUGUGCAAGAGAGCAGCGGUUGGUGAUACCGAAUGGAGAGGCGGCGGCGGCGGGGAUCGUGGCAGUUAGGGAGAAGAUCAUGAAGGAUCUUAAAACGGCGGCGGAUGAGAUCAAAGGUGCAAUUUUUAGAGACGAAGUGUCCGACGAAGCAGACGACGAGGAUGACGAAAUCGAAGAGCCUAAAAAUAAGCAGAAAGUAAAAGAGAAAGAAAGGGAAGAAUCGCCUGCGGUAGAGGUAGAGCCGAGGCCGUGGAAUCUCAGGACAAGGCGUGCCGCGUGUAAGGCUCCGGUUGACGGAGAAGUAACUAACAACAAUUACAGUUCUCCGAUGACGAAUGAGGUGUUUAAGUCACCCAGAGUAAGAGACAAGGGACCGUCGUUAGCAUCGGCUCCGCCCGCCGCCGAUAAGAAAAGACCCCGACCGAAAUUCUCGGUGUCGCUAUCAAAGGAGGAGAUCGAAGAGGAUUUCAAGGCCAUUGUUGGCCACCGCCCUCCUAGAAGGCCAAAGAAACGCCCACGUAACGUUCAGAAGCAAUUGGAUUACUUGUUUCCUGGGUUGUGGCUGACGGAGGUAACAGUGGAUUCUUACAAGGUCCCGGAGUUGGCUGAAAACGGCAAGCAGAGGUAGUAGAAACGGAAUUUCAACUUGCUACAAGGUCUAAAGAAAUCAUUCAAUUCGAGGCUUCCGUCUGCCGUGUGUCGGUAGUUUUGUGACCGGAAUUAAUCAGACUCGUAUACAGGGUUACCGAACCUUUGUGGAAUAGGAAUUUCACAGAACAAAGUUGAGUUUUUCUUAUGUUUCUGGUUAGGUUACAGUUGCUUUAAGAUGCUAAUUUUUGUUUCAAUAUGAUCGUCAUUCAUUUUAUUUCUUU